AGAAAAUCAGUUUCAUGAACCUUGAUGAUAUAUACAAUUGGUAUUUAUAAGCUAUUACAAUUACAGGAUACUUGGACAUAGUCAAAACUAUCCAGGUAAACACCAAGAAUCAUAACCAAGAACUAUUCCUUCAUAUAAACCACUUGAAGCUAAAGCUUAAUUUCACAUUGUAAUCAAAGCUACUGCAGAGUAUAUCAAAGAGAAAAUGGUUAAUGGAAAUGUACAAUUAAAAUUAGAUUACUUUAAGGGUGUCAAUAUGAAAGAAUUAGGAGCAUUUACGAUGGAAGUUAAUUCAGAUUAUGUUAAACCACUCUAACACUCUGGAUUUAACAUGACUCAAGAUUUAGGAAUAUAAAGAGCAGAGAGAAAACACAUACAUUAAAUUAGGUAUGUUUCUAUUCUUAUAAUAUAAUAUAGACCAUGUUUUGUUCCUGACUGUUCAUUUCAAUAUUUCUUGGCUCGUUAUCCUGGAAAAGAGGAAAUUACUAAACCUCUCAGUUAACAUUCCAUUUAUCAAAAAGGAUUCGGAAUGAACUUUUGCAAUCCUGGACCUAUUGCUGCAUCUUGGUAAGAAUAAUAAUAAUCAUUUUCAUAUCAGUUAUUUAGGCAAAGAUGUUGUACAAUCUAUACACAAUUCAUUAAUUAAAGCAAUACAUGAUUUAACCAGAUUAGGACAUAAUUUAAAUAUUGACUUUGGAUUCAUUAAAAUCAAUAUACAAAACAGAGAUCUAAAAUAUAAAUAUGAAUAAUCCUUCAUUAAUCGAUUAAAUUAAACUGAUUAUGAACUCAAAGUAAUAAACUAAUUAUAUAUAUAUUCAGAUGAGAUAAUCUGAUCUAGCGACAUCUUAACAUUGGACAACCACUUAUUAAGAAAAAUGGUCUAAAAGCACGUAAAUAUUUAUAUCACUAUAUUAAGUUUAAAUAAUUUAUUGACUCGUCCAAAUCCAGGUUAAGUUUAGGAUAAUUAUGAAAGAUCUAUGGCAUUGAAAAUUAUGUCAUUGGAUCUCAAUACAGCUGAAAAAACAGAUUAUAGCAAAAAGUAGAAAGUCCAAUUACCAGCAUUAAAUAAAUGAGUUUGUUUUAAUAAGACAACCAAG